CAGAUGUAAAACAACAGGUGUCAAGAAGUAGUUCACCUUGACUAAAGACAAAUUAACAUUUAACAGGAUUUUAAGAGAUGGCAAGCUCUGCUCUGCUCACAGUGUUGUUAGCUGGGGCAUAUCUAUGGAUCUCUGCUAUCCAUGCAGAUUCCAAAGAUUAUGGAAAGCUGGUGUGUACAUGCGAGAAUGAGAAAGGCACAUGUGUGAAUGGAACCUGCAGAGGAGACAUCUGCUUCUACACCUGGCUGCCCGAGUACGAUGAGAGGGGUUGUUUCUCUGCAGAAAACAGACUGGAGAAUUGCAAGACCUCCUUCAAGGGCAUCUAUAUUCACUGCUGCAGAGAGAACUACUGUAACUCCCACACUACACCACCUUCAGAUAUUGGCGGAGUAACAACAACAACUCCUUCAGAGCUCCCCCCUCCAGAGCUUUGGAUCACUGUGUCUUUGCUGCUGUUAAUCAUGACUGUUAGUGUGUGUGGCCUUGUGGUGUUCCUGUGCUUCCGGCGUGCCCACUGCAGACUGAGAAAUGUUGAGGACCAUGACGUCACCAUGCUCAAAGUCCCUAGUGGGGAUGACCCCACAUACGGCGAUAUCUUUGAUGAGUUUUGUACAUCAGGGAGUGGGACGGGGCUGCCCUAUCUGGUCCAAAGGACUAUGGCCAGACAGAUCUCACUCGUCGAGUGUGUUGGUAAAGGCAGGUAUGGAGAGGUGUGGAGAGGAACUUGGAUGGGUGAGAGUGUGGCAGUCAAGAUCUUCUCCUCUAGGGACGAGCAGUCCUGGUUUAGAGAGACAGAGAUCUACAAUACUGUGCAGCUGCGACACGACAACAUACUAGGUUUCAUUGCCUCUGACAUGACAUCCAAGAAUUCCAGCACCCAGCUGUGGCUCAUCACCCACUUUCAUGAGCUGGGUUCACUCUACGACUUCUUGCAGUACAGCAGCUUGGAGCCUGAGAGCUGCCUGAGGAUGUGCUUGUCUGUGGCCUGCGGUCUGGUCCACCUCCACACUGAGAUUGUCAGCUCCCAGGGCAAGCCAGCUAUUGCCCACCGAGACCUGAAAAGCCGAAACAUCCUGGUAAAGCGGAAUGGACAGUGCAGCAUCGCUGACCUAGGUUUGGCUGUGAUACACUCUCAGUCCAAUGACUACCUCGAUGUGGGCAACAACCCUCGUGUGGGGACCAAGCGCUACAUGGCCCCUGAGGUGCUGGAUGAGAGUAUACGUACAGAUGUCUUUGAGUCCUACAAGCAAACUGACAUCUGGGCCCUGGGUCUCGUUUUCUGGGAAAUUUCACGCAGGACCAUUGUCAAUGGGAUUGUUGAAGAGUACCGUCCACCCUUCUUUGACCUGGUGCCCUCAGAUCCCAGCUUUGAGGAGAUGAAGAAGGUGGUAUGUGUGGACCAGCAGAGGCCCAGUUUGCAUAACAGGCUUCAAUCCCAUCCGAUCCUGACAGCCAUUGUGAAGAUCAUGAAGGAGUGUUGGUUCCAGAACGCGCCAGCCCGCCUCACAGCCCUGCGGGUGAAGAAGACGCUCUCCAAACUGGACCAUGACAGCGACUUCAGCAUCGAGAAACUCAAACAGGACAUCUAGACUGGAGCACCAAUGAAACAGGACCAAAAGAUUGAAACAGCUUGAAGGGAUUAUGGAACACAUUCCUACAGUAUUAGGUGCAUAUCAUUAGCAUAUUUUGAACUAAUGACUCACACAGUCACUGCAUUAUAUUAAAACCAUAUGACUUUGAGCAGUAGCGUCUAGACUCUCCUGCACCCAAGGCCAUUUUCUUUGUUUAGCCCAAUUUUCCUCUCCCAUAUUUCGGGUGCCAUAAACCAAGAGGCCCCUAAAAGAACUAAAAACUAAUGAGACCAAAAAUGCCUUUUCAACUGCAAAAAGCUUUCUUUGGUCUCUCUACACACACAGUGUUUUAUUCAUUAUUUUAUUAUUGUGAUUACUGAUCCUCUUGGACAAGAGGAAGUAGAACAUGUCAUACUGGACUUUCUCUGAAAUUAAAUUGCGCUUAUGGGUUUCCCCAUAAUGACCAAAACCACAGUAAAGCAAGCAGGAAGACCCUGGUUUCACUAUAACUACAGGAAACAUGUAAGUAACAACAUGCUCAUACAGUAAUAUUACUUGUUCUCUAAGCAUACUUAACUGUUAUAAAAAUGAGCAUUUAUCAUCUGCAGAUAGACACAAUAAUCUAUUUAGUUGUACAUAUUCUAACUGAGGCCAUUGUCUUAAAUCACCAUUGGGUUUGUUGUAAAUAUUUAAAGGGGGUAUUAUUUUCUAUUAUUCAACAAAGAGACACAUUUUAUAUACUUUUUUACGACACAACUUUUUUUAUACAAAAUAUUUUUCUACAUUUCUGUAGGCCUAAAUUGUACCAUCACCAUCCACAACCACACUUAAAAUAAUUGACACGUUAUAUUGCGUAUGUUGAAUAAAGGAUUGUAUUUUUCAAAUAUGAGAAGACAUAACUCCUUUUAACCAGGGAGAAAACUUGGCUGUCUUUCACUACAGACAGGACCUUACUUUCCCUGACUAGAGGCUGUAAAUUCUGAUUUGUAUGACAUAUGGAUGCAUUCCUCUCAUUGGCCAGUAGAGGUCAUCAGAUUAUAGACAAACAGAGAUUCAUGUUGCUUACAGUAUAGUGCGCUUACCUUGAAAGGUUUACAGCUUUAUCAGUUUGGAUGGAUAACCUUGAGUGUUUUUCUUGUUCUUAAAUCAUCUUGAAAUUAUUUAACAAAAAAAUAAAAAGCAAAAUUUCACCAAACAACUUAAGUAAGAUGUAACCAAUGGGGCUGAUUAUUUUACAUGACCUGCUGUUUAUAUUUCCUCAUAUCUAAUGAAGUCCUAUGUUCAUUUGUAUGAAAUUCACCAUGUUCAUUAAGAUCAGCAUUUUCUCCCAGUCACACUCAGUUUAUAGUGAAGUUAAAAUAUAAAUGCAAGAAUGUAAGACAAACCUGACUAAAUGGGGACUUCAAAUGGAUAAACCUGUUUUUAAAAAAAGCUCAUCUAUUUAUUCUUCUGCUCAGUAGUUACUGGUGUAAUGUUCUAAAUACAUUGAAAGUGCUAAUAAAAUCUCAUAUUUG